AUGCCCAUGCAGGAGGUUGAGUCGGCGUUAGCAACACUUCGGGGGAACUCUUGGAUCUCGGGUGCCAAGGAGCACGUACCAAGACCCGCUCAGUGUUUUCAAUGUGUGAAAAUUUUUCAUGAAGUUCAAUCGCAGCUCCUGAGCCCAACGGGUGAGGAGUAUGCAAUUGUGCUCGACUGCACGGGGCGCCAGUCCCGCUGGCUGGAGGCUCGACCCACAGAAGCUGAGGGCCAAGAGAACCCAGAGAACCCAGAGGAUGAAGGUGAAGUCUCUGAGGCCUUCGAGCUGUGGCACGAGAUGCGGUCGCCGGCCGAGAUGAGGUUAGCGACAGGCGUUGAUCUUGUCUCCGUAAAUGUUCUGACCUCUCUGAUCCACGACGACGCCUCGGGUGUGGGUACGCCUGACGUCAGAUGGGGCCAGCCGUGGGUUGAAUGCGCCGAAGAGACAGUUGGCUUCCUGCAGGUGAUACAAGAUCUUCCCAAGCUGUUGAACCCAUCACAGCUCGAUAGGCGCGGCACCGCAGUGUUGCACAGGCUUCUGUACGAAGUCAACCACUACCUCGUCGAUGGAGCCAUUCACCAGUCGCAGGAGAACUAUGCUCAAUAUCAUCGCGAGAUCUUCGACAAGGAAGGGAACUUUCUGGAAGACAAGUGGAAGGUGUGGACUGGCCCCUACAUGGAGCUUUGCAACAUGCCGGUGACGCGUGCGCGAUUCGCGACUGCCAUCACCUUCCUCUGGUGUGCAAGGAUGGUAAGCGAAAUUCACGACAGCAUCAAGCUCACGAGGACACUGUGUGCCCUCGAGACUCUGCCUGCCGGCGAGUCUCCAGCAGCAGGAAUGAAGCUUGAAAGGAAUGACAUGGAGGAGAUCGAGACCAUCAAGGUGCACUCUGUGGGCCAUGCGAUUCGACUGAACCUCCUGAUUACUGUCACGCUGCCGAAAGUGCUCGUGGCAAUGGCGUUACUUUACUGUGGCAUGCGCUUUCUGGUUGCGACUCAGUCCAUGGCAGACGUCAUCUUGAAUGCCCUUGCCCUGGAAGCUAUCAUCUCCAUCGACAACUUGAUGUACGAAGCAUUCACGCCCGCUUCAACCAGGCGACACGUUGAGCAGACGGUCUUGGCCUUCCUUGCAAAGGACAAGGAUGAGUCGCCCGCAGAGAGAGAGAACAAGAACUUCCGCACGAUCAUGACCUACUGGCUGAUCUUGCUGUCGGUUGCCGUCUUCGCUUAUGUCUACACAAGCGAGAUCCAGCAAGUUCUGCCCAAUUUUCCCCACGAUCUGCGGCCUCAUUGUGAUACCUGGUUCGAGAAGAUGUUCAAUCCCCCUUGCCCGCAAGCUGGAGCCUUUCGCGUCAGUGAGCACUCUGAAUCUUACAUACCCGUGCCAAUGGGUUCAUCAAAUUCAAGCAGGCUGCGGAGUGUGCGCGCCGACCUCGUGGCCUGGAACUCGGCAGCGCAGGUCGCUGCGAGAGUCAGGUGGCCGGAGGCGCUGGCAAUGCUCCUCUGCCAAGCUCCUGCUGCUGGCUUGCAGCUCAGCGACGUCUCGUGGAGCCUUGCUGCCAGUGCUGCGCAGCGUUGGGAGCACGCACUGCAGCUGGUGCCGGAAAUCCCACUCCACGGUCCCCUCCGCAAUGUAGCCAUCGCCGCGCUGGCAGAAGGGCAACAGUGGGAAGCUGCGCUGGCGCUCCUUGGCGACAGCCCCGAUGUGGUCGCCCUGAGCAGUUGCAUGGCAGCUUUGCAAGGCAGCCCCGAGGCGUGGCAGAAGGCAGUGGCCUUGCUCCAGCGCUGUGGCAGCCUUGCUGAUGUCGUUGCUUAUGGAGCCUGUAUGAGCGCUUGCGGUCAGGAGCUGCAGUGGCAGCUGGCUCUACACUUGCACCAGGAGAUGAAGCUUCUGGCGCUCCAGCCCAACGCCGUGACCUGGAGCUGCCUUUCUUCGGCAUUUGCUGCGGCGCAGGCGUGGCCGUGGGCCCUUUCAACAGUCAGCGAGCUGGGGCAUCACGGUCAGGAUCUGCAACCGGCAACAACGAGUGCAGCUGCGGCAGCGUAUGCAGCGCGCAGGCGGUGGAGACCCGCGAUGCAGCUACUGCAGGAUUUGGUGGUGGCAUCUUCGCAGCUGCACAUCGUGGCGUGCAACAGCCUCUUAGCGGCCCUUCUGCGCGGGGGCGCGGUGGUCCGGGCUCUAGCGCUGGCCGAGGAGUUCCGCGCCAGAAGGUUGCAACCAACGAUGGCCACAUAUGAUGUUGAACUUGCAGCUUGCGCAGCCCGCGGUGGCCCUGCACUCCACCACACGGCGAAGCUUUUGGACGACAUUGCGCUGGCGGCACCGGGCCUUUGCAUGUGA